CUACGCCCUGAAGAGAAGCUGGCAGCAGUCUGCCAGUCUAAAGUUCUACUUCAGAAUUAGAUCUUUGUUUCCAUGGGCUGUGAUGUGAGACACAUGGUGAGACAUGGAUCACAUUUUGAAAUCUGAAAUCCUUGUUGUUGUACUAGAAAAGCCCGAAGGUGUUUCUACUGGGGAAUUUGCUGGACUUUUCCAUCAGAUUCAUGGGUAUCAAUUUAAACUUUCUAACUAUGGCUAUAAAUCCUUAAAAACUCUGCUGGAUGAUGUAAAGGAUUUAUUUCAAGUGAUAGACGCAUCCAGUGAGUGUUUGAUAAAAUGUAUCUCACCUUCUGAACACAAGAUCAUAUUCAUCAGUGGCAACAGCACCCCUCAGGAAAAUAAAUCUCAGAAGUCUUCCAACCUUUCUUCUGCAAACACACCAGUUCUCCCUGUGACCAGCGAAACAGAGAACAACAAAGUUCCUCCACCAGUAUCGGUGGCAGAUAAGCUUGUGUGUUCUUCACCAACCACUGGAGAUAAGCGUAGCCAUAAAAAACCUUUAGAAGUUCUUGACGAAAAAGGAACAACACAUACCGAGGCUGUUGAUCAGGUGAAUGAAAACAAAUGUUCUGCAGAAAAUCAAAAGAAGAGUAAUUCUGAAAAAUCUAAAUUACAGACUAUAAAAUCCUGUGAUAAAAAUGAUAUAAUGCCAUCAAGAAACACAUGCAGUGUCACAAAUAUUCCAAAUGUUAUGAAAAUCAUUCCUGCGAUUCUGGAGAAAUAUGUAACUGGUCUAAAAUGUACAACUUUAAAAAAGCUCUUUAAAAAAGAAUAUAAAAUGGAUUUAGAAACCUGUAGCCAGAGUCAUGGUUAUGGAAAUGUGAGGAGUAUGUUGGAGAAAAUACCAGAUAUUAAAUUAAAAGGUGGCUCACAAGGAGGUAUGGUGUGCAUUUUGAAGAAGUUUGCACAUAAAAAUAAACAAACUAAAAAAACGAUCACUAUGAGCCAAAUCAACAAUUCCAAUGGCAAGCUUAAUUCUUUGACGAAUUGCGUUAAGACUGCAGAAGUCACCAUAUCUGCAAGAAGCCAGGGACAAGGAUCAAAAACAAACUCCACAAGUGGGCAAGCCACAAUAAUUGAAUCUCCAGCAAUCCCUGAAACCAACACACUCCCCUCAAAACCAAGUCAAAUACAACGUAGCACAGUAGAAAAGACGCCUGAAAAAAUGGCAGGCAAUUUGCAGCAUGCAUCAAUGAACCGUUCUAAGGGCAUUGAACAAAAACCUCAAAGUAUACAAGAUAGUUUAAAUGCAGCACAAAUUUGCAACUCAAACCUCCACAAGUACGCAUCAUAUGCACAAGCCUGUGUAGGAAUACAAAAACCACAAAAAGGAACCCCGUGCAACACCAGACAAGAAACCAACCUUGUGUGCAAUACAAAACCAACAUUGCCAAUGGCACAUCAUAACCGGACCAAUCCUGCCUGUCGCACAACUGAACCUCAGGAUGGACUGGUAAAUCCAGCAGUAAAAGAAAACAUAAAGGAUAUUUUGCAAGUUCAUGCAAAUGGAAUAUCGAUUUUUAAUUUGCAAAAAUGCUACCUUUUUAAGUUUGGAGAGCCAAUUUGUUCCAAUGGCUUUUCUACAGUGAAACAGCUCUUGAUGGAGAUGAAGGAUGUGGUCGUAAUUCGAGGUCUAGGAGUACAAAUGUUAUUAUUUCCAAUUUCCGCCACCACAAACACAGAGUAAGGAAAAAGGAGAAGAUAAGAAAAAAGUGGAUAAUGGGGGUAGCUAAUUUCCAAAAUAAAAAAUAAAGAAGAGUACAAAGUGGAAGGAGACGUUAAAGGAACAUUCUAGCUUCCCAUACA